AUGUCUUGGAACAACCGUGAGCUGGUGGUUGACAUUAUCUCCUAUAAACUUUCACAGAAAGGACACCGCUGGAGUGCGUUUAGUGAUGAAGAAGGAACAACGACAGAGGCCCCAGAAGGGCCUGAAUCUGAGAUGGAAACCCCCAGUGCCACUGCGGACAACCCAGCUCGUCACCUGCUGGAACGUCCUGCAUCGCAUGUAGCCAUGGGCCACGGCUGCGGCGUGGAUGCCCCCAAGGUGACCCCAGUGUACCCGCUGAAGCAAGCACUGAGGGAGGCGUGUAAUGAAUUUGACCUAAGGUACCAGCAGGCAUUCAGCAACCUGACAGCUCAAUUCUACAUCACCCCUGCGACGGCCUACGAGACCUUCGAGCAGGUCGUGAAUGAACUCUUUCGGGAGGAGGUGAACUGGGGUCCUAUCAUGGCCUUCUUUGCCUUUGGUGGGACCCUGUGCGUGCAGAGCGCAGACAAGGAGAAGUGGGGCUUGGUGAGUCAGAUUGCCGGUUGGAUGAUCACUUACCUGAAUAGCCACCUAGACCCUUGGAUCCGGGACAAUGGUGGCUGGGACACCUUUGCAGAACUCUAUGGGAACAAGGGGGUGGCCGAGGGCAGAAGAAGCCAGGAACUCUUCCAGCGCUGGGUCCUGACUGGCACGACCUUGUCUAGCAUGGCCCUACUGGGUUCACUGCUCUUCAGUCUGAAAUAA